AUGCCGCUCCACUACUCCUUCUUGUAUUCUCUGGAUGAUUUUGGCGACCUCAGUGUGGAUCCUUCUUCUUCUCUGUGUGAGGAAUUUCUGCAGUUCUUCAUCAACAAGAUUUCUGCUCUCAGGUCCCUGCUCCCUCAGUCUGCUCAGCACCCUCAGUUCCCACAGCAAGUCCUUGCCAGCUCCCUUGGCCCACUAGCACCUUACACAGGAUCCCACGCCAGGAAUCUAGGUGUAAUUAUUGAUGGCGCUUUUAAACUAGACAAACAGUCUCUGAAUGGGCUGGCCCUGGAAAACCUGUCUGACCUUAUUAAACUGCAUCAGCCCUCCAGAGCCCUUAGCAACGCCUCAUCCAGAUACCAGGACAUCAUCUCCAAAAGUACUCUGAUCUCUCCAGGAUCUCCUGCUGUCUACCAGCUGAGACCAAAGAAAGAGAAGUUUGGGAGUCUGACAAGAAAAACUGCUGGAGAGAAAAACCUGAACAAGGAAAACAAAACCAUCUUACUUGUAGGUGAAACAGGAACAGGAAAAUCUACUCUGGUCAACGCUCUGGUCAACUACACCAUGGGAGUGAAGUUUGAGGACAACAUCUGGUUUGAGAUCGUAGAAGAUGAGAAGAGAAGUCAGUCAGUGAGUCAGACAUCAGAUGUGAUCACAUACGAGAUCUUUGGUUAUGAAGAUGAAACUCUGCCCUACUCUCUGACCAUCAUCGAUACUCCUGGAUUUGGAGACACCAGAGGGAUCGAACGAGAUGAUAUUGUUAGUCAAAGAUUAUUUGACUUGUUCCGCUCAGUCGAUGGAGUUCAUGAACUUUCUGUAGUGGGUCUGGUGCUGAAGGCGAGUGAGAAUCGAGUGAGUGAUCGACUGAGCUACAUCUUAGAUUCAGUGACGUCUCUGUUUGGGAAAAGCAUUGAGGAAAACAUCGUCGCUCUCAUCACACACUCAGAUGGAUUAACACCUGAAAAUGUUCUGAAAGCUCUUGAAGCUGCAAACAUUAAAUGUCCCAAAAAUGAAGACAAACAGCCUGUUCACUUCCUAUUUAAUAACUGCCAGAACAUACAGAGAACAGAAGAAACAGAGUUUGCUUUAGAGAAUGCAUGGAGGCUAACAGAGAAAGGAAUGAAACAAUUCACAGACUUGUUGAAAGAAUCUAAACCUCAGAAGCUGAAGACAACAGUUGAAGUGUUGAACUCACGGAUCAGUCUGACAGCCUGCAUCCACAACCUGCAAGAAAGAAUCCAGCUGAUUGAACUGAAACAGAGACAGAUCCAACAGACUGAAGAGGGUCUGAGGAAACAUGAAGAAGAGAUGAAGAAGAAUGAAGAGUUCACUGUAGAAGUUGAAGAGGUCUACAAAGAGAAAGAGCUUAUCAAAGGUGGGAUGUGGGGUGGAUUCAAGAUUGGUGGGGUUUUGGAUAUCUCACCUCUUUUGUUUAAAGGAGCUGUCACAUGUAACAAAUGUAAAGAGAACUGUCACUAUCCUGGAUGCACAAUGGCCCUCAGUCCUUCAUGGUGUGAGGUCAUGAAAGAUGGUUACUGCACAUCAUGUACAGGGAAGUGUCAUGAAUCAGAUCAUGUGAAAGAGGAGUGGAUUUAUGUGAACAAGACCAGGAAAGUCAAGAAGACCCUACAAGAUAUGAAAGAGAAGAAGAAGGACCUGAUGAAAAAUCUGCAAACAGAGAUGGAAGAACUGACAGUAGAGAAGAUAAAGUUGCUGGAUGAGGUCUACCAACAUGUUGAACAUCUGGAGCAGAUCGCCAUGAAUGUUAAUUCACUGUCCACUCAUGUCCACUUGGACUUCCUGAUUGAGAAGAUGAAGGAGAGAGGAGACACAGAGAAGGUGAAGAAGCUGGAGGAGAUGAAGAGUCGACGGGAUGAAGGAACCAGAGGAGGGCUGCAUUUGGUUCCCAACACAAGCUCUAGGGACCCCCAGGGACCCAAGGCGGCCGAUUGUGAGCAACUCAGAGAGUCGCGAAACGGGACCAAAGGUCCCCGCAUGGUCAAUGGGCCCCUCUCCCACACCCCUAAAGUCACAUUAAGGCCAGAGUACCCCAGGGGUCUACGCUACGAUGCCCAGGAUCCCACAAAUCGAGAACUGCUGUUAUAA